AUGAGUCCAGGCGAGGCUCCGACCAGUUACAGACUGCACCGACACAAGUCCGGGGUCCGCCAGGUGAACGAAGUGACCACGAAGACGCUGCGGGCGAUCCUGACCCAGACGGCCGGCCAGAGUCGCAACGUGGAGAGCAUCGCCGUCUACAUGGCCAAGAUGGAGGGCCGCAUGCUCAACAUGGAUAGAGCCCUGCAGAAGAACGACCGGAAGAUGGACGAGGUCCUGAAGCUGCUGAGAGCGCAGCAGAGCCAGGUCAUCGAGAGUCGCUCCGCCGGCCCGCCCGAUAACGUCGUCAACAAGCUGGACAGCAUCGACGAAACCCUGAAUGAGAGGAUGAGCGGCCUGCUGAGCGAGGCGCUCACCUCGCGGGAGAGGGUGACGUCACACCUACAGCGGCAGGACCGCAUGAUGAACGACCUCGCCAACAGCCUGGGUAGCGUGUCCGGCCUCUCCAUGUCCAUCCAGCAGACCUCCGAGCAGUUGCAGGGAACCGAGGCCAAGCUGGCCAAGCACACCCAGGACGCGGAGACGAUCCUGACGCAGCUCUCGGUGGGCGUCGGCGUGCUGAUCGACAACGCCCACCAGCUGGGCAACGACUCGCGCCUGGUGGCUGAUGACGUCAGCGCGGUGCGCCAGGACCUGCAGCGGCUGGCGCGCGACAUGGACGCCCGGCAGGUGGAGCUGUUCAGCAGCCAGUACCAGACCAGCAGCCAAUCGAGUGACGUGUACGACAAGAUCAAACGGGACAUCGACCUAGCGACCAACAACACGGCGGCGGAGAUGGGCCAGCUGCGCUCGGAGAUUGUGGAGAGCGGCGCGGAGAGGGACCGCUUGGUGGACGCUCGGAUGGAGGGGCUGAAGGGCGGCCAGACGCAGCUGACCAACAUGGUUCAGGAGUCGAUGGCCAUGGCCGAGGGGCUCUACGAGCGGGUCAACCAGGGCUACAACGACCUGAAGAGGGAGAUCCAAGGCCUGUCGAACCUGGAGGAGGUGAUGGUGGACACGGCGGACAGCGUGCUGGACACCAAGCGGCGGCUGGAGUUCGGCGUGCAGCAGAUCCUGCUGGAGGUGGAGGCGGCCGUCAAGGCGCAGGGCAUCAAGAUCAACGGCACGUUCUCCACCAAGUUCGGCAGCAUCUCGCAAGAGAUCCUGGCCAACCAGUCGGUGGCGCUGCACAACAUGACCAAGUCGAUCGAGGGCGAGAUCGCGCAGGUCUGGCGCCAGAUCGGCGUCAUGUACCAGACGCUCUCGAGCUCGGCGGAUGUGCUGGACAAGAUCGAUGACAAGACCACUCAGUAUGUCAACGGCUCGCUUGAGCAGACCGAAAAGGUGGACGGCACGGUGGGCGACGUGGCCAAGCGCGUCGGCGAGGUAGAGGAGAACCUUAACUUCCUGCUGGGCCGCCUCUCGCUGGUCGUCUCCGAGUUCAACCAGAUGAAGUCGGGUAUCGGCGCUGAACUCGACCUGCUGCGCACCAAGUUCAAGACGUUCGGCCCCGAGUCGGCCUACGUCGUCAGCGACGCCGGCGGCGCCGACGGCGACGGCGGUCUGCGGAAGAUACCGAUCCAGUGACGGCGCGGCGCGGCGGCGUGAGAGCGGCGCGGCGGCGUGAGAGCGGCGCCGGGAGCCGGCGGGGUCGGAGGCGCGCGGCCGGGGUGGUUUUGCGGCGGUGCGGCGCUCGGUCCGGUGUGGAGAGCGUCACUGUCACAGACCGGAGUGAACUGGGUCGCAGUGCGAACGGCCUCGGCAGCAGAGCGCACGCUUUUUGCGAGGUUGAUCUUUUUGUACAGUGUGACGUAUUUUAAGGCUCAUUAAUUUCAGUCGCGCUGACGGAGGGUCGAAGCUGGGAGACGAAAGUAGAUCUUGUGGUGUUAUCAUGCGAGUAGGUUUUCAUUGAGUGUGUAGGAUAAUUUCAGCCAUACGCAUCGGGCUGCAGGGCUUUGGAAAACAUCGAAAAUCCACGCUCUGUCAUGCGGCCGAAAUGAGUUGCAUCCAUGCUGUCGGUAACUGUCGCGAGCUGGUCUCAAAGCGCUUUGCUUUUCACGCCCCGUACUCACUGCUUCCAUUUCGCUCUUGUGUUAAGAUUGCAGUGGUGUGUUGUUAGCAAACAUCGUCAUAAACGUCUCCGCUAAUGUCCUGCCGGCGUGCGGCCGACAUCUGCGCGGCCCACCAGCGCGGCGUCGUGACCUUUCACCGCCGCCCGUCGCAGCCGGCGCCGGAGACGGAUGGGCGCGGCGCCCCAGCAGCCCCCUUCCGGCGGGCAGCGGGCCGCCUGCUGCGGCAGCGUCCGCCCCACGUGACGCCUCUGCGCUCUGGUGUCGCCGCACGUCCAGACCGCUGGCCGAUGUAUACAGCGGGGGGCGCGCGCGGUGUACACACGAGCGGCCGUUCACCGGACAGCGUGGUGAAAUACACGGAGCUUUUGU